AUGAGUUUGAUUUCAUAUUCAGGACAGCCAAUUGCCAAAGACCAGUGCUUCUUUUGUUUCAAGACACCGUUCGACCCAGAGGGAAUCAAUAUUAGUACACGUUCAAACAGAGCUUAUUGUGAUGAGCAUCUUCAAUUACAUUAUCAACAUGAUUCAAAUGACACAAUUUAUUUAAAAUUAAGUAAAACAUUGAAAGAAAGAGAGGAAACACCAAAUAAAAUCAUCAAAUUAGAAAUCAAACAAGAAAGAGAACAAGAUUUAUAUGAUAUCAAUACUGAAUUGUUCACGUUCAAUGGUACAACAAAAGAUGUUAUUGUUGAUUUGAAUUCAGAUACUUUAGCCACUAUUGAUAAAAUUAUAAACUCCGAUUCUAUAAACAAAAAGGAAGAAUUGAAAACAUGGCAACAAGAAAUUUUACCAUGUGAACAUACAAUUGAAUUUAAACAAUCCCCAAUUUCAACAUUAGACUUAACACAAUGUGGUGAAUGUGAAUUAAAAGAAAACUUAUGGAUAUGUUUAACAUGUGGGAAAUUAGGUUGUGGACGUGCUCAAUUUGGUGGUGUUGCUGGUAAUACUCAUGCUUUACAACAUUAUGAAACUGCAAAUCAUCCAAUUGCUGUUAAAUUAGGUUCAUUAUCAAAAGAUAUCACUGAUGUUUAUUGUUAUGCAUGUAAUGAUGAAAUUCAAUUCCCUGGAUUAAGUGAAAAUUUGAAAACUUUUGGUAUUGAUUUAAAUAAUUUUGUCAAGACUGAAAAAUCACUUGUUGAAUUACAAUUAGAACAAAACCUGAAAUGGGAAUUUAAUAUGGAAAAUGAUAAAGGUGAAAAAUUACCAAGUGUUUAUGGUCCAGAAUUAACAGGUUUGAAAAAUUUAGGUAAUUCAUGUUAUUUAUCAUCUGUUGUUCAAUCAUUAUUUUCCCUUCCAGAAUAUCAACAAAAAUUUGCAUCUAAAUCAUUAGAAUCAUUUAAUGAAAAAGAUGAUUUAUCAUUUCAAUUAACCAAAUUAUCUAAAGGUUUGCAAUCUGGUGAUUUUUCAAAACCAAGUUCUGAUGGUUAUCAAAUUGGUAUUCAACCAACUUCUUUUAAAAAUUUGAUUGGUCAAAAUCAUGAAGAAUUUAGUUCAAUGAGACAACAAGAUGCUUAUGAAUUUUGGAAUUAUUUAAUUGAUAAAAUUGAUUCAAUUGAACCUGAAUUAAAUGAUAUUUUUAAAUUUGUUUCAGUGGAAAAAUUAAAAUUCCCAAAUAAUAAAAUUAAAUUGAAAACCCAAAUUAAUGAAAAUUUAACAUUACAAACAAUUACAGAAUUAGAUUAUAUUGAAGAUGGUAAAAAACAUUAUAAACGUCAAGAUUUCAUAGAUUCAUUAAUUCAAUAUUUAACACCUGAAGAAAUUGAAUGGAAAAAUUCCAAAAAUGAAAAUGAAAUUAUUGAAAAACAAGUAUUUUUUAAAACUUAUCCAAAAUAUCUUGUCACUAGUAUUCAAAGAAUUCAAUUAGAAAAUUGGAUCCCAAUUAAAACAGAUGUUCCAUUAUCAUUACCAGAUUCAUUCAAUAUUCAAGAUUAUCAACCAUCAUCAAUAAUUGAACAAGAUGAAGUGGAAAUUCAUGAGGAUGAUCAAGAAACAACCAAUAAAUUCGAACCAAACACUGAAUCAUUGAAUAACUUAUUACAAAUGGGAUUCCCAGAAUCAAGAGCAACAAAAGCAUUAUACAUAACUGGUAAUAUUGAUACAGAAACUGCUAUGAAUUGGUUAUUUCAACAUCUUGAAGAUCCAACAAUUGAUGAUCCAAUUGAAUUCAAACCUGUAUCAUCAUCAAAUGAACCAAAAGUUGAUGAGUCUCAAAUUUUAGCAUUACAAGAUAUGGGAUUUACUUCUCAAUUAUCCAAAAAGGCCUUGAUAUUAAACAAUAAUGAUGUUAAUUCAUCUAUUGAAUGGUUAUUCAGUAAUCCUGAUGAUAAUGGAAUCAUUGAAACUACUGCUACAACUAUAAAGGAAACUCCAGAUGAAAAAAUUACAAAAUUUGAAUCUAAAGCAAUUGAAUCAUCUGAAUAUAAAUUAAAAGCUGUUAUUUGUCAUAAAGGUUCACAAGUAACUUCAGGUCAUUAUGUUGCUUUCAUCAAGAAACAGGAAAAAUGGAUCUUGUUUAAUGAUGAAAAAGUUGUUGAUGUUACAGGUGAUCAAAAUAGUUGGGAUGAAAUUGAAAAGAAUGGUUAUGUUUAUAUUUGGGAAAGAGUAUGA